AUUUUCCGGACCAUAUAAGUUACCAUGGAAAGUGAGGGGACCCAAAGAAGUUACCAUGGAAAGUGAGGGGGAGGACCAAAAAUGAAAAGUCUCAUAUAAGCUCUUCACAUUGCUACCACAACAUUCCAUUAUUUGUUGCAGUUACCAUGGAGAGUGAGACCCAAGGCCACCCAAUAACAUGCAAAGCGGCGGUUGCUAGAAGACCCGGUGAGCCAUUGGUUAUUGAGGACAUCGUUGUGGCGCCGCCAAACCCCCGUGAAGUUCGAAUUCGGGUUAUAUGCGCCUCUCUCUGCGGCAGCGAUGCUACUUUCUUGAAGCUCCAGGGAGGUCCUCCUGGAUAUUUUCCAAGAAUUCUGGGUCAUGAAGGAGUUGGGAUUGUGGAAAGUGUAGGAAAAGAUGUAGCUGAAGUUACAAAAGGAGAUGUGGUUAUUCCAAUUUUUCUUCCAGAUUGUGGAGAGUGUACAGAUUGCAAAUCAACAAAGAGCAAUCGUUGUACUAAUUUCCCUUUCCGGGUAUCCCCAUGGAUGCCUCGAGAUGGCACAUCGAGAUUCACCGAUCUAAAUGGAGAUAUCAUAUACCAUUUCAUGUUUAUUUCAAGUUUCAGUGAGUACACUGUCGUUGAUGUUGCCAAUCUAAUAAAGAUUGGCCCAGAAACCCCCCCGGACAGGGCAUGCCUGCUCGGUUGUGGCGUAUCAACUGGGGUAGGCGCUGCUUGGAGAACAGCAAAUGUGGAGCCUGGGUCUUCAGUGGCUAUUUUUGGGCUGGGAUCUGUUGGAAUUGCAGUUGCUGAGGGAGCUAGACUUUGUGGAGCUACUAGGAUUAUAGGUGUGGAUGUCAACCCGGAAAAAUAUGAAAUUGGGAAAAAGUUUGGACUCACAGACUUCAUCAAUCCUAAAGAAUGUGGGAACAAACCAGUGAGCCAGGUUAUCAUAGAGAAAACUGGCGGCGGAGCAGAUUAUUGCUUUGAGUGUGUUGGUAUGGCAUCAUUGGUGCAUGAAGCUUUUGCUUCUUGUAGAAUGGGUUGGGGAAAAACAAUUGUUGUAGGAGUGGACAAACCAGGAGCCAUGUUGAGCCUCAGUUCAUAUGAGGUACUUCAUGAUGGGAAGACCCUCAUGGGAUCCUUAUUUGGAGGACUCAAACCUAAGACUCAUGUCCCCAUUCUCCUCAAAAAAUACAUGGACAAGGAACUGCAUUUGGAUGGGUUUGUCACUCAUGAGGUGGAGUUUAAGGACAUCAAUAAAGCUUUUGAUUUAUUGUAUAAAGGAGAGAGUCUCCGAUGUGUGAUUUGGAUGCACAGAUGAGUACAUUAGAUUCUCAUGUAAUCCGAGCCCCAUGAAUAACCAUGAGAUGCAAACAUGAAACAUUGUUGUGCAGUCCUCUUUUCGUUAUUUAUGUAAGAACUUAUCUAUUUCACAGAAGUGAUAUUAUUCUACUUCACUGCAAA